AUGAUUUUCACCAGGAAAUACAAACCUGAAGCCAUUGAGCCGCUUAGACUCUGGCGGGAAGAUAUAGAAUACGUCCAAAAAGCAAUGGGAAAAUCCUGGGGUAUUAAAUUAAAUACUGCCCUAUGGAUAUACAAAGCGGUACUAGUACUGAAGUUAACAUAUGCCGCUGUUGUUUGGUGGCCUAGAGUGGAAAAGAUGGAGUCAAAGAACCUACUAAAAAACCUACAAGGUAAUUACUUGAGGGCUGCGGUAGGGACUAUGAGAACGACACCAACAGAAACGCUGGAAGUGGCGCUCUGCAUUCCACCUCUAAGAUUGACUAUCAUCAGCGCUACAGAAUAUGCAGAAUACGCCAGGUGGACAAGGUUCUCCAUAAACUUGACCACCAGGGCAAACUGGAAAAACAGAAAUCUUCAUAUCCAGCCGGGCACUCAUGCAUGGUUCACUGAUGGAUCUGGAGCAAACGGCUGCUAUGGAGCAGGCAUCUACUGUCCAGGAUCAAAUCACAGAGAGUUUUUCUUUCUGGGUAAACUGGCCACGGUCUUUCAAGCGGAAGUCCUGGCUAUUCUGAAAUGUGCAAGAAUCCUACUCUCAAGAGAGACGAAAACUAAGAGGAUCAAUAUCUAUACGGAUAGCAAAACAGCCAUAGAAGCUCUUGCCAAGACCACCACUGAAUCUUCAGUGGUUUGGGACUGUAUGCAAGCUCUAAACAGAUUGGGCGAGCAAAACAACAUCACGCUUGUCUGGGUACCUGGCCACCAAGGGAAAAACCAUAUCAAGGACUGGCUGAAAAAGGAGCACAGGAUCUCUUGGGAGAUACUGAAGAGCUGCCGCCAAGCUAAGGCCCUGAUGACUCAGCCAUUGCCAGGUAGGACAAAGGAACUACUGACAAUGAGUAAGUACAGACAAAGACUGUGUAUCGGUCUCCUCACAGGGCAUUGGGCCUUCAAGGCAUAUUUAUUCAAUUUAGGCCUAAUUGAGAAGAGUAAUUGUAGAUUUUGCGGCGAAGAAAGGAAGGACAGCGUGCACAUAUUGUGUCGCUGCCCGUCUCUAGCACUCAAGAGAUUCAGAUCCUUGGGCUCUAUAUGA